AGGUCUUCUCAUCUUUCCCCUAGGGAUCCUUCUAUCUACCCGGAGCUGAGACAUGCGGGACUACGACGAGGUGACAGCCUUCCUGGGAGAGUGGGGACCCUUUCAGCGCCUCAUCUUCUUCCUGCUCAGCGCCAGCAUCAUUCCCAAUGGCUUCAAUAGCAUGUCUAUAGUGUUUCUGGCAGGGAUCCCCGAGCACCACUGCCGGGUGCCAGACUCGGCAAACCUGAGCAGCGAGUGGCGCAACCACAGUAUUCCAAUGCAAAUGCAGAACGGCCAAGAGGUGCCCAGAAAGUGCCGGCGCUACCAGCUCGUGGCGUUGACCAAUUUCUCGGCCAUGGGGCUGGUGCCCGGGAGAGACGUGAAUUUGAGUCAGGUGGAGCUGGAGCCCUGUCUGGACGGCUGGGAGUACAGCCAGGACACGUACCUAUCCACCAUCAUCACUGAGUGGAAUAUAGUGUGUGAUGAAGACUGGAAACCACCACUAACAACCUCAUUAUUCUUCCUGGGUGUGUUGAUGGGAUCCUUCAUAUCAGGACAACUUUCAGACAGGUUCGGCAGGAAGAACAUCCUCUUUGGGACAAUGGCUGUGCAGACAGGCUUCAGUUUCCUACAGAUCUUCUCCAUCAACUGGGAGAUGUUCACUGUGCUUUUUGUCAUCGUGGGCAUGGGCCAGAUCUCCAACUAUGUAGUGGCCUUCAUACUAGGAACAGAGAUACUUGGCAAAUCAGUUCGUAUUAUAUUCUCUACAUUAGGAGUUUGCAUAUUUUUUGCAAUUGGCUACAUGUUGCUGCCACUGUUUGCUUACUUCAUCAGAGACUGGCGGAUGUUGCUACUGGCUCUGACCGUGCCUGGGGUGCUGUGUGUCCCGCUGUGGUGGGUUAUUCCUGAAUCCCCACGAUGGCUGUUAUCUCAAGGGAGAAUCGGAGAGGCAGAAGAUAUCAUACAAAAGGCUGCAAAAAUGAAUAAUGUGACAGCGCCAGUCAUAGUAUUUGAUCCUUUGGAGCUCCAGGAGCUAACAUCCCCGAAACAGCAAAAAGUAUUCAUCUUGGACCUAUUCAGAACUCGUCAUAUUGCCAUAAUCACCAUCAUGUCUCUGAUGCUGUGGAUGCUAGUGUCAGUAGGUUACUUUGGUCUUUCUCUCAACACUCCUAAUUUGCAUGGAGAUGUCUAUCUGAAUUGUUUCCUGUCUGCUGCCAUUGAAGUUCCUGCCUAUGUGAUAGCUUGGCUUCUGCUCCGAAAACUUCCCCGACGAUAUACCAUUGCCGGGACGCUAUUCCUGGGUGGAGGGGUUCUCCUUUUCAUUCAACUGGUACCCAUUGAAUACCAUUUCCUGUCCAUUGCCCUAGUGAUGCUAGGAAAGUUUGGAAUCACCUCUGCAUUCUCAAUGCUGUAUGUCUUCACAGCUGAACUCUACCCAACCCUUGUCAGAAACAUGGCUGUGGGCGCCACUUCCAUGUCCUCCAGAGUGGGUAGUAUCAUUGCUCCUUACUUCGUUUAUCUUGGUGCUUAUGACCAAAUCCUACCCUACAUUCUUAUGGGCAGCCUAACUGUGCUUAUCGGAAUCGUUACCCUGCUUUUCCCAGAAAGCUUUGGAAUGGCACUACCAGAAACCUUUGAACAAAUGCAGAAGAUAAAAGGUUUCAGAUCCAGGACAAAAUCAAGGAACUCCACUGGGAGAGAGGAAAAUCCCAAAGUUAUCAUAACUGCAUUCUGACCAACUUCUGUUGCAUUUGGAAAAGGAGAUCUCUGAGACAGAGGAGAAACCAGAGCAUAUCCUACCAGAAAGAACUAAUUGAUGGAAAACAUAAAAAGGACACCAUUAUUAUUAUUACCUUUGCUAUUUCAUGAACUAGGGUUCUGUUAUUUUUUGAAACCUUGUCUUCUCACCCAUAAUCAAAAUAUGUUUUCAUAGAGUUCUCAACUGCAAUGGUUUCCUUUAUGUCUAUGAAGGAGGUCCACAAUGCUUUUUGAGGACCUGACAGUCAAGAAGUGAAAUGCUCAGGAUGUCUCAUUUAUUCUUAGACAUGCAAAUACCACCCACAUCCGAAAUGUUGUAUAUUUCUAUCUCAGAAGGCAAGAGUGCAGCUUUGGGUACUGGAAAAUGUUUGUGUUUUUUUUUUAAUUGGAGUAUACUUCAAAUGUGGUCAUUUCUGAAACAAAACUAUCUGGCAUUCCCUACAAACCCUCAAUA